AUGUUCUCGUUUCUCCGGGCCAGUGACCCGGUGCGCACCAACAAUGCGGCCAACAAUCCCAUCCUCUACGAAAAAGGCCGCUCGUCAGUUACAUUCCGAGCGCCGGGUUCGGACUUCAUCAUGACGCACCGGAUUCCGCCCACGGUUGCUGAGCAUGGCUUGUCGAUUGUUGCGCCGCCCCAUCAUUACCACAUCUACCAGGACGAGUAUUUCCGUCUGCAGUCGGGCAUCGGCAACUUCUACCGCGGCUUCGACACGGAGCCCUUCGCCGUGCUGUCCGACAGGCCGGACGGGCAGCGCACAGCGUCGGUCAAGGCGGGCGAGUUUCACAAGUUUGAAAACGCCAGCCAGACUGAGGAUCUGGUUGUCGACAUCCACCUCUCGCCCGAGUCCUACGAGAGCGAGCAGCGCUUCUUCCGCAACUUCUUCGGCUACCUCGACGACUGCCGCAAUGCCAGCAGGGCGCCCAACGUGUUCCAGCUCCUGGUGAUGCUCGAUUCCGCCGACACCCCGGUCGCAGUGCCCAUGCCGUGGGACUGGCUCGCGCGUCUGGCUACCUCCACACCAAGCCAACUCGAUUUCACGCCCAUCAUGUCCGCAUCUGUCUGGGCCUCCAUCCCUUGGUCAUCGGUGCCUGGUCCUAUCAAUGCGGAUGGGAAAUCAUCCAUCAUCGGCUGGCAUAAGAGCCGUGUACCAUACACACCAAACGGCACAUACUUGCAGACGCUGGACGUAUGGAUCCCAAACUCCGACCAGCAGGCGUCGUGUCCUUCUUCUGCGACAACCUCAAAUCCCUCGCAAACAGGCCCUUGGGUCGUGUAUAUCCACGGAGGCGCUUGGCGUGAUCCCCUCGUAAAUUCAUCCUCGUUCGAGCAGACGGCGACCAACCUGCUACACGCCUCCACAGCCGGCGAAAUGCCCUUCGCUGGCAUUGUAUCACUCAACUACCGUCUCUCACCUCACCCCAACCAUCCCACCGACCCGGCGCCUCCCAAGAACCCCAACUCUUCUUUGGAUGCUGCUCGCACCGUUCACCAUCCCGACCAUAUUCUUGAUGCUCUCACCGCGCUGGUCUUCCUUCAAGGCCUUGGAGUCGCGAACGAUUACAUACUGGCGGGCCACAGUUGCGGCGCCACGAUGGCUUUCCAAGUUGCCAUGAACCCGUCUCGCUGGGGGCUGAGCGCUGGCCGAGUCCCAAAAAAGCCGCGGGUCGUGGUAGGCCUUAACGGGCUCUACGAUCUGGCAGCGUUUAUGAAGAAGCCUGAUGAGUCCCAUCUUAAGUUAGUGUCCGUCUACGACUCAUUCACUCGCGGGGCGUUUGGCGAUGAUGAGAACACUUGGGCGGCUAUAUGCCCAACGGCGGUGGAAGAUUGGGAGACAGAGUGGCCGGAAGGCGAGCGAAUUGUGCUCGUACAAAGCCCGAAUGACAGUCUCGUCCCAUAUUCGCAACUUCAAUUGAUGAGGCAGCACCUGGAGCGGUCAGCUGGGGGAAUCAAGGUAGAUGAGCUUGGAGCAAGUGGUGAUCAUAAUGAGCUCUGGCAGCGUGGAGACGAGCUGUCGGACAUUCUGAAGCAAGUCGUCCUGGAUUGGAAGCCGAGGACUUAG